UCCCAGCUCCAGCUUCCCACUCUACACUCGCUCCUUUGCUCCCACCCAGGAAGCCACCAUGUCUUGCCGCUCCUACCGCGUCACCUCUGGUCACCGGGUGGGCAACUUCAGCUCUUGCUCAGCCAUAACACCCCAGAACCUGAACCACUUCCAGGCCAAUUCUGUCUCCUGCAGGAGUGGGCUCAGCUUCCGGGGCCUUGGCGGCUUUGGUGGCUUUGGUAGUCGGAGCGUCAUCAACUUUGGGUCACACUCACCCCGGAUAGCUGCUGUAGGCCCUUGUCCCAUCCGCUGUGGAGUUGGCUUUGGUGUUGGCAGAGGGAUGGCCUUGGGCUUUGGUGGUAGAAAUGGUGUUGGUCUGGGCUUUGGGGCCGGCAGUGGUGUUGGUCUGGGGGGCGGAGCUGGCAGCAGCCUUGGUUAUGGCUUUGGCGGCCCUGGCUUCGGCUACAGACUCAGAGGAAUUGGAGUCCCAGCAGCUCCAUCUAUCACAGCUGUGACUGUCAACCAGAGCCUGCUGACCCCCCUCAACCUGGAGAUUGAUCCCAAUGCCCAGAGGGUGAAAAAGGAUGAGAAGGAGCAAAUCAAGACCCUCAACAACAAGUUUGCCUCCUUCAUUGACAAGGUGCGGUUCCUGGAACAGCAGAAUAAGCUUUUAGAGACCAAGUGGAGCUUCCUCCAAGAGCAGAAAUGUGUCAGGAGCAACCUGGAGCCCCUCUUUGAGAACUUCAUCACCAACCUGCGGAGGCAGCUGGAGGCACUGCUUAGUGACCAGGCCCGGCUCCAGGCUGAGGGCAGCCACAUGCAGGAUGUCCUUGAGGGCUUCAAGAAGAAGUAUGAAGAGGAGGUGGGAUUCCGGGCCAAUGCUGAGAAUGAGUUUGUGGCUCUGAAGAAGGAUGUGGACACAGCUUUCUUGCAUAAAUCUGACCUAGAGGCCAACGUGGAUACUCUAACUCAGGAAAUUGACUUCCUGAAAGCCCUGUACAUGGAGGAAAUCCAGCUGCUGCAGUCGCACAUCUCAGAGACAUCGGUCAUUGUGAAGAUGGACAACAGCCGGGACCUGAACCUUGAUGGAAUCAUUGCUGAAGUCAAGGCCCAGUAUGAGGAGGUGGCCAGGCGCAGCCGGGCUGAUGCUGAGGCCUGGUACCAGACCAAGUAUGAAGAGAUGCGAGUGACGGCUGGCCAGCACUGUGACAACCUGCGCAACACACGCAACGAGAUCAACGAACUGACCCGCGUGAUCCAGAGGCUGAAGGCAGAGAUCGAGCACGCCAAGGCUCAGCGCGCCAAACUGGAGGCUGCGGUGGCCGAGGCUGAGCAGCAGGGCGAGGUGGCCCUCAAUGAUGCCAAAUGCAAGCUGGCAGAUCUGGAGGCCGCCCUGCAGCAGGCCAAGCAGGACAUGGCCCGGCAGCUACGUGAGUACCAGGAGCUGAUGAACGCCAAGCUGGGCCUGGACAUCGAGAUCGCCACCUACAGGCGCCUGCUGGAGGGCGAGGAGUGCAGGAUCAGCGAAGGUGUCGGACCAGUGAACAUAUCCGUGAGCAGCUCCCGGGGCGGCGUGAUCUGCGGGCCUGAGCCCUUGGUCGCCGGCUCCGCCCUGUCCCGGAACGGGGUCACCUUCUCCAGCAGCAGCGGCCUCCGCGCCACCCGCGGGGUCCUGACCUCCUGCAGCUCGAGCCUGGGCGGGGAUGUGCUGAGCGCGGGAGCCAGGGGCAGCUCGGUGCUCGCGGGCGAGGCCUGCACCCCCAGGGUCCCCUGCCCCCUGCCCACCCCUGGCGGCUUCAGUAGCUGCAGCGGCGGCCGCAGCAGCUGCAGCUCCAGCGUCCGCUUCGUGUCUACCACCGCCUCCCCCCGGACCAAGUACUGA